GGGUACCUGUAUAGGUGGGCCUGGGCGGGUCCAGGCUUCAUGCUUGGACAUUUAGUUCAUGUGUACCAGACUCCAGCGUCCUCAGGCACAGGUGUACCAAGGGGUACGCUCCUCCCCGCACCGUGGACCCAGUGUCGAAGCAGCUUCCUGGGGUUCAUGCACCUUCCUCCCCAUUCACCAGGCUUCCCAUCUGUUCCUGUCUCUCCUUGCAGGAUGGGGCAGUCAGAGCUCUAAGGUACACAUCCACCACAGCACGUGGCUCCACUUCCCUGGGCACAACCUGCGCUGGAUCCUGACCUUCAUGCUGCUCUUCGUCCUGGUGUGUGAGAUCGCCGAGGGCAUCCUGUCUGACGGGGUGACCGAAUCCCGCCGACUUCACCUGUACAUGCCGGCCGGGAUGGCGUUCAUGGCUGCUGUCACCUCCGUGGUCUACUAUCACAACAUCGAGACCUCCAACUUCCCUAAGCUGCUGAUCGCCCUGCUGGCCUACUGGAUGCUGGCCUUCAUCACCAAGACCAUCAAGUUUGUCAAGUUCUAUGACCACGACAUCGGCUUCUCGCAGCUGCGAUUCUGCCUCACGGGGCUGCUGGUUAUCCUCUACGGAAUGCUGCUGCUCGUGGAGGUCAAUGUCAUCAGGGUGAGGAGAUACAUCUUCUUCAAGACGCCGAGGGAGGUGAAGCCCCCCGAGGACCUGCAGGACCUGGGGGUGCGCUUCCUGCAGCCCUUCGUGAACCUGCUGUCCAAAGGCACGUACUGGUGGAUGAACGCCUUCAUCAAGACUGCGCACAAGAAGCCCAUUGAUCUCCGCGUUAUCGGGAAGCUGCCCAUCGCCAUGAGGGCCCUGACCAACUACCGGCGGCUCCGCGAGGCCUUCGACGCCCAGGUGCGGAAGGACACACAGAGCCCACAGGGCGCCCGGGCCAUCUGGCGGGCCCUCUGCCAUGCCUUCGGGAGACGCCUGGUCCUCAGCAGCACUUUCCGCAUCUUGGCCGACCUACUGGGCUUCGCCGGACCCAUGUGCAUCUUCGGAAUCGUGGACCACCUAGGGAAGGAGAACCAUGUCUUCCAGCCCAAGACACAAUUUCUCGGGGUUUACUUUGUCUCAUCCCAAGAGUUUCUUGCGAAUGCCUACGUCUUGGCCGUGCUUCUGUUCCUCGCCCUCCUGCUGCAAAGGACAUUUCUACAAGCAUCCUACUAUGUCGCCAUCGAAACUGGAAUUAACUUGCGAGGAGCCAUACAGACCAAGAUUUACAAUAAAAUCAUGCACCUGUCCACCUCCAAUCUGUCCAUGGGGGAAAUGACUGCUGGGCAGAUCUGUAACCUGGUUGCCAUCGACACCAACCAGCUCAUGUGGUUUUUCUUCUUGUGCCCAAACCUCUGGGCUAUGCCAGUACAG